AAACGAACACUUUUGACUGCUGGUCCCUGAACGUCUCAUUGCCUUGUCGAAUUCAAACAGAGGCAACGGUCGUUUACGUCUGAAUUCGCGGUUAGCGGCUCCUUCUAGACAUGCCCGUGGAUGUGAACCAGUGGAGUGGCCCUCUGCAACUCCAAGAGGUGGAGGAGAAGCCCGGCCAGCCUCUGACCGUCAAAUAUGGCUCUGUGGAGAUCGACGAGCUGGGCAAAGUGCUCACGCCCACGCAGGUUCAGAACCGGCCCACAUGCAUCGAGUGGGAGGGAUGUGACCCCAGCAAACUUUACACUUUAGUCCUGACUGACCCGGACGCCCCCAGCAGGAAGGAGCCCAAAUUCAGAGAGUGGCAUCACUUCCUAGUGGUCAACAUGAAAGGAAACGACGUGUCUUCCGGUGUCGUCUUGUCCGACUACGUCGGUUCCGGUCCUCCUGAGGGAACAGGUCUCCACCGCUACGUUUGGCUGGUGUACAGCCAGACGGGAGAGCUGUCGUGCACCGAGCCCGUCCUUACCAACCGAUCGGGCAACGGCCGCGGCAAGUUCAGCGUUGGCGCUUUCCGCCGCAAGUACGGGCUGGGGGCACCCGUCGCUGCCACUUGCUACCAGGCCCAAUGGGACGACUACGUGCCCAAACUCUACAAGCAGCUGGCGGGAAAGUAGGACUCCUCCAACAAUGAGGAAUGAGGGGGGGGGGGGGGGGCGCCGUUUCACCUGGCGCACAUCAAUGGGUUGAAUCAAUAAAGCUGCUUCGCAAUCAA